GCGGUAACAGAGAACAAGCUUUAAUCUCUUUCACUUUCGAAACAGGCUUGUUUGCGGAAGAUCGUUUUAGGCCCAAAAUGGGUUUAUUUUUCUAACAGUUGAUGUUUUGUCACUUUAUUUAAUACUUCAUUUAUUCUCUGCAGUAUGGCGAGGAGAAGAGGUCGCAGAGAGGAGACUGAAAUGCGUCAUCUCUUGAAUGAUGAUGGAGAAAAUGAUGAUGCAGAUUUUCAACCUAGAGGGUACAGAGUGCCUUCGACAGUGGAGGAAAACCAGGAAAACCCUUCAAAAACUAAUGAAAUACAAUAUGGAACAUUCACACAGGCAGCAGGACGUUCCACUGGCUCCGUUGAAAACAUGAGAUUUGUAGUGCUUGGAAGUGAUAAUAGUCUAAUGAAUGACGUUCCUGCAUUCAUAUUAGGGGAAAGGCAGUCAGGGUCCCGUCCUGGAAAAUGCAAGUUAAUGGAGGGUCACGUUCAUGAUCGUCACGUGUCCAUAGUGAUAACUCCAGCUAACUGGUUGGAACGCUUGAAAUCAUUCUGGUUUUUCAAAAAUGCAGUCAAAUCACUGAAAAAUGAAAUGGAGUUUUGUGAAUCACUGGUCUUUCCUGGCCCGCAUGCCUUUCUUUUAGUCAUUGAUGACAGGAGUAAUGAAGAGCUUCGCCUUUUAGAUGCCAUCAGAGAAGUGUUUGGUCGGGAGGCUUUAGACUACAGUAUGGUGCUGUUCAUCAAACAAUGUCAUCAAAAUCAGCAGAAAGCUAAUCAUUGUGUUAAGGCAUGUCAAAACAGGUACCAUAUAUUAAACAGCACAAACCAAAGUGUAGCAGAUCUAUUUGUAGAAGUGGAGAGAAUGACACGGGGAAGAAAAAGUAAAUGUUUUAUAAAUAAUUUUGAGUUCUUUACAAAAGUUUCAGCUCUUAUUCACAUGGAAUUCAAAACUGAAUAUGAGGAAAAGGAGAGUAAACUAUUGAGAAAAUUAACAGAGAUGAAUAAGUCAGUGCAAAAUCUACAGAAGGAAUUAAAGGACCUUAAAACAGAAGUUGACCUAAAAAAUGCAAUGCUGCUUGAAGAGAGGCAGAAGUGCAAAGCACUAGAACAGAAACUGGCUAAAUCAGGAUUUGAACAGGCCCUGCUAAUAAGAGGACAACCAAGCACAGUACAAAGACUGGAAGUGCCUGAACACAAAGAUGAACAAGAGGUUGAGUCCAGAGAAGAAGAAUCACAAGCCAGUGGAUCACAGAUGUUUGUGAGAGUGAGAAGGGGCAGCAAGGAAAUGGAUCCACCCAACAUGUCUGAAAGCAGAGAUGAAAGCGAAAGAGAGAUUGAGACAAGAAAGGAAGACUCACAAAUUAGUGGAUCAAAGACGUUAGAAGGAUUGAAAACACUAAGACGGGGCAGCAAGGAAAUGGAUCCACCCAACAUGUCUGAAAGCAGAGAUGAAAGAGAAGGAGAGACUGAGACCAGAAAGGAAAACUCACAAAUUAGUGGAUCAAAGAUGUUAGAAGGAUUGAAAACACUAAGACGGGGCAGCAAGGAAAUGGAUCCACCCAACAUGUCUGAAAGUAAACCUGGACAUCUAUUUGUUCUCUGAACAGGCUGAGGCUGCAUCUUUAAAAAUGAUGAAAUUCUCUGCCUUAAACAACACAGGCAGCAGUCAGAAGUCUAGACCAGAUAGACCACGCAAAAAAAUCCACUAGAGCAAAAAGAACAAGAACAAGAAUAUCAGAGAUCCUCGAUCGAAACAAGAGCACUGACAACACCAAACAAUGAAAUACAUUUCAACAUAAGAGUCCUUACAAAACACAGGACAGAGAACAGGGAUUGUGACAGUUAAACUACUAAAUGUCAGCCAUGAUGUUUGUAUAGCUAAGUUAAUUCAGUAUUUUCUUGGCUAAGAUACAUAGAAAUGAACUGUUUGUGUAUUAUUUGUAUCUUGUUAUUUAUAACAAUUUCUCAACACUUUUUAUUUACGUUUUAUGUGAAUAUGACAUGUUAACAAUGACGUGGAUUAUGAUAUUGUGCUUUACAGUAAAGCAUGUUAGAAAUGAACUUUUUACAUUUGAAAAAUAAACAAGUUAACUGAU